AAAGGCGCGACGCUGUUUGCGAGCAGGGCGCCACAUCCAGCUCCGGACCAGGGGGGCAAUAAGAGAUCGGGACCGUCGUCCAGCGUCGCCGGGCGUAAAGGCUGCAAAGGGGCAAGGGCUUCAUCGGUGUCUCCGAUAUUGGGUUAUUAUAUCUGCCUUUGUCUCGCCGUCUUUCCUGCCGGAGGCUUCAGUCUCACGAUAACGCCCGAAGAGAGACGGCUUCAGUUUCAUUUCUAAAGUGCUGCGUAUUUGAGGGAAGGAUCGGCGAAAACGUGCUCGGCGCAUGGGAGCAUGGCGGAUUAUCUGAUCACCGGAGGCACUGGCUACGUCCCCGACGACGGGCUCUCAGCCCAGCAGCUUUUCUCCAUCGGAGACGGACUGACCUACAAAUCAGCUCAGCAGUCCGAUGCUGAUGGACUCACAGCCGAGCAGCUGAUCGCUAACGGGGACGGACUGACUUACAAUGAUUUCCUGAUCUUGCCUGGCUUCAUCGACUUCACCUCCGACGAAGUGGACCUCACCUCUGCACUGACCAGAAAGAUCACUUUAAAGACCCCCUUGAUCUCAUCUCCAAUGGAUACGGUUACGGAGUCCUCGAUGGCCAUCGCCAUGGCGCUCAUGGGCGGCAUCGGAAUCAUUCACCACAACUGUACUCCGGAGUUCCAGGCCAAUGAAGUGAGGAAGGUUAAGAAAUUCGAGCAGGGAUUCAUCACGGACCCCGUGGUGAUGAGCCCGCGCCACACGGUCGGGGACGUGUUCGAGGCCAAGGCCCGGCAUGGCUUCUCGGGAAUCCCCGUCACCGAGACGGGCAAGAUGGGCAGCAAGUUGGUGGGCAUCGUCACCUCCCGUGACAUCGACUUCUUCACGGAGAAGGACUACAGCCGGCCCCUGGAGGAGGCGAUGACCAAGCGUGAGGACCUGGUCGUGGCCCCAGCUGGUGUCACGCUGAAGGAGGCCAAUGACAUCCUGCAGAGGAGUAAGAAAGGCAAGCUGCCCAUCGUGAACGACAGCGACCAGCUGGUGGCCAUCAUAGCCCGCACGGACCUGAAGAAAAAUCGUGACUAUCCGCUGGCCUCCAAGGACUCGCGCAAGCAGCUGCUGUGUGGUGCCGCCAUCGGGACCCGCGAGGACGACAAGUACCGACUGGACCUGCUGGUGCAGGGCGGCGUGGACGUGGUGGUGCUGGACUCGUCACAGGGGAAUUCUGUCUACCAGAUUAAUAUGAUCAACUACAUUAAGCAGAAGUACCCGGAGCUGCAAGUGGUGGGGGGGAACGUGGUGACGGCGGCCCAGGCCAAGAACCUGAUCGAUGCCGGCGUGGACGCCCUCCGUGUGGGUAUGGGCUGCGGCUCCAUCUGCAUCACGCAGGAAGUCAUGGCCUGUGGCCGACCCCAGGGCACGUCCGUCUACAAGGUGGCUGAGUAUGCACGCCGUUUCGGCGUCCCGGUCAUCGCCGACGGGGGCAUCCAGACGGUGGGACAUGUGGUCAAGGCCCUCUCCCUGGGCGCGUCCACAGUGAUGAUGGGGUCGCUGCUUGCCGCCACCACGGAGGCCCCGGGCGAGUACUUCUUCUCCGACGGCGUGCGACUGAAGAAGUACCGUGGGAUGGGCUCCCUGGACGCCAUGGAGGCAAACAGCAGUAGCCAGAAGCGCUACUUCAGCGAGGGCGACAAGGUCAAGGUGGCCCAGGGGGUAUCGGGCUCUGUGCAGGACAAGGGCUCCAUUCACAAGUUCGCGCCCUACCUGAUCGCUGGCAUCCAGCACGGCUGCCAGGACAUUGGCGCCAAGAGCCUGUCCAUCCUCCGCUCCAUGAUGUACUCCGGAGAGCUGAAGUUCGAGAAGAGGACCAUGUCGGCGCAGGUGGAGGGAGGCGUUCACGGCUUGCACUCUUACGAGAAACGGCUUUACUGACCCUGGAGGCCGGCCAACAACCAGCCUGGCUCCCAACAUCCCAUCUCCAGCGGCAACCAGACACAACGGGCACGUCUGAUACUGUCCCAACUAACUCAACCCCACACCCCACACACACUACUCCUGCCCCCACCUGCAGAUUUGCACUAUCAAUUUGCCAGUGGAGCACCUGGGCUUUGAAGCACCCCCGGUCAUAUGCGCCCUGAGCCAGCGUACCCCACCCUAAAGUAACACUGCGAUUAUGAUGGUGAUGGGUAGAGGCGGGGGGGGGCGUUUGGAUGCAUGUUAUCCUUUUUCAAAUACCAUGGGUCCCUCAGUCCUUUCCGAAAGCGUUUACAGCCGGGCGGAGCAUCCGGAAUCCACCGGCGACCAGGUUUAACCUGAUACAUGGCGUAACCCCAAAAAUCUAGCCUCGUUCGUUAAAAUUAUCACGUGAAACGCAGGACAGGGUCCGUUGCAGCGCAGUUCCAGAUUUAAACAGUAAUGCAAGCGUAAUUCCGUAGCUGCCGUGGCACCCGGGGACCUGGAAAACGUGACUCUGAGGCCAGGACAGCGGGCUGUCCGUUUCUGUCAGCGCAGGGUGUCGCGGGGACCAAACGCCGAAUGGUAGCCUUAAUGCAGGGUCAUGCUCCACCUGAGAGCCUUACCAGUGUGAUCGUCGUGUGUGAUGCUGAACCAAGACAAAAAACUGGAAUUUGACCAAUAAUAAUUUUUAAAAAGUACAGAUAAAUCAUGAAAAAUCCAAGUAAAUAGGUGCUAUUUUCACCAUUUUAUCAUUUAUUUGUACAGCCAGCCUUCAUUUCUGCCCAGUUAGUAUGUUAAACCACCAUGCUUUUGUGUAGAUAGGCCUGGGUUCGUCAACUGUAAUAAUGCAACCAAAAUAAACGUGGUUGUUUAGCUAGCAAUAUACCAGCCUGCUUUUCUGUCAUGGGUUUGCGUUACAACGUUACAUGUAGUGAUAAUCAGAUGAUCAAGUGUGACAAAUCAUUUUAUUUAAUGUUUUUUUGACGGAGAGCGAAGCAAAUCCUAAUGAUCCCCGUUUGUGUUCCUGCUUCAGCUUUUCCCCAGUCGACCGACCGCAAAACUUCCAAGUCCCUAAAACAUCAGUUUUGUUCGUGCAAUGAAAAUGUUGCUUUUUUUUUUUUUUAAGUUUAGUUUUCAGUCAGUUUCUCUUGUGGAAAUAAGGUUGACUCUCCUCUCUCUGGAGUUACUGGAUCCUGACUGAGAAGGUAUGUCAGAGGUCACAGGAAAUGCAACGGCGGGGAACAAAUGUUAUUUCCAUCUAAUAAAUUUACAACACAGAAUAAUUUUUUUUUAUUAUUGUUUUCCUGCCAUUUGGAUAUAGUUGCCUCUCAGGUUUUGAUUGGUUUGACCUUGAGUAAUUUGUAUCAGCAGAAGCGUUUACAUUGUACAAAAGGUUAUUUAUGCAUAAAUAAAAGUAUGUAUUGAGUGUUCCGGUACAUAUGCUGUGGAUAUAAGUGUAAUAGAUGCUGUAUGAAAUUCGUUUUCUAGCCAUACUCGGAGUAUAAGUUGUUUUUGUAGACUGAUUAGAAUAUAAAAUUUUAAGUAUAUUUUCAGUUUUUCACGCUGUGUUAAGUAGUUAAGGUGAAAUGACAACUUUAGCUGGACAAAUCUCCAGUUUUAUUGUGGCUUUACUAACUUGCAGUUUUUUAAAAUUGAGAUUUCAUGUAACAAGUCAGAUUGCCACCUGUAAAGGAUAUAUAUAUAUUUUUAAUUUUUUUUUGGUCGUACAUAUGCAACGCUGAACUGCCUGACGUCUGCUUUUCACUGCCCCGUCUGAUGUAAUAACAAACAAUUAACAAACUGAGCAAAAACCACAUCACCACAACCUUAAGUUCUGAGUCCGUGAGGGAAACGCCUUUUCAUUUUCACUGUUGGAAAAGACUUCAUGUGAUGUAGGUCAGUAUAAUUUUCUUUGUGUCGUUCUUGCGGAUAACGGCUCCUUGAUUUUAGCCCCCUCUGCGAUCAGGACCACCGGCUGCACCGUUCUGUCACGCCGGCUUGCUGUCCUCCUCGUGCUCAUCAGUGAAGCGCGUUGCAUCUUCCGUCUUGGUUUUUCGAUGUGCAACGGGAUAUUUCGAAGCUUUAAGAAACGUUCACAAUGUUAUUGCUAAUUAAAAUUAAAAUGCAUUUUAAAUAAAA